CGUACCAUUCUCUCCCCGCGGGGGUGGGGGGAGGGAGCAACCCAAAUCCCAUUCUGAAUUCGCAAAAAGAAAAGGAGGACUUGGGGCACCUUAGAGACUAACCAAUUUAUUUGAGCAUGAGCUUUCGUCAGCUACAGCUCGCUUCAUCGGAUUUGGAUUGGCAGAGAGGGACUUCCGGCCCGUUGCCAUAGAUACCAGCGUCAACUUCCGGCAGCUGGUUGCGAGCGGGGAAAGGAGCGAGCGAGGAGGAGUGGGAGACUUGGAGCCCGGGGGACUGUUGCCGCUGCCGCCAUGCCGCCUAAGGUGCCCUACAAGAGCCAGAAGAGCCAAGGUGGACAAAUAGGACCAGCAGUUAAGCCAGUACAAUCAAGGACUGCCAAAAGCAUCUCAAAAAAACGGGAUGAAGAUGCAUCCACUGAAGUGGGAGAGGGGGCAGAUGAAUGGACACCAUCAAAAACUCUACUCAAACCCCCGGACCAACUGGAGUUGACCGAAGCUGAAUUAAAAGAGGAAGUUACACGCAUCCUGACAGCCAAUAAUCCACAUGCUCCCCAGAAUAUCGUCCAAUACAGCUUUAGGGAACGAGCAUACAAGCCAAUAAGCUAUGUGGACCAACUGGCUAUUCACUUCUCCUUAGAUGGGAACCUGUUACUCAGAGACUCAGAUGAAGGCAGACGGCAGAGUGCCAGAGUAUGCUUGGAACCAGAACUGGCUCCUGUUGAGUCCACAGUGAUAGAAGUUGAAGAGGCAGAGGUUAAAGAAGAAGGAAGCAAAGAAGAUAUUCCGGCUGUAUCAACAGAAGAAGCAGCUGAAGGGGAAGAACCUCCUCCCCCUUUGUUGAAGGAACAGAAGCUCACCAACCAGUUCAACUUUUGUGAGAGAGCUUCACAGACUUUAAACAAUCCCGUGCGGGAAAGAGAAUGUCAAAUGGAGCCUCCACCUAGAGCAACCUUUUCUGCCACGGCUAACCAGUGGGAGAUCUAUGAUGCCUAUGUGGUGGAGCUUCAGAAACUGGAAAAGUCAAAGGAGAAAGAGAAGCAAAAACCCCAAGUUUCAAAGAAAGAAGACAAGCAGAGGGGAAGAAAGUUAACCUCUCUAGAGUCUCAGAGUGAUGAUGUAUCCAAGGUGACCAAGGCAGCUAAAAUAGUGGAGCGGAUGGUCAAUCAGAAUACCUUUGAUGACAUUGCACAAGAUUUUAAAUAUUUUGAGGAUCCCGCGGAUGAAUACAGAGACCAGGAGGGGACUCUCCUUCCACUGUGGAAGUUUCAGUAUGACAAAGCCAAGAGGCUUGCAGUCACUGCCAUCUGCUGGAAUCCGAAGUACAAGGAUCUGUUUGCAGUGGGACAUGGCUCUUAUGACUUCAUGAAGCAGAGCCGGGGCAUGCUCCUUCUGUACACCAUGAAGAACCCCACCUUCCCUGAGUACAUCUUCAGCAGUGAGAGUGGCAUCAUGUGCCUCGACAUCCACAAUGACCAUCCCUAUCUUCUUGUUGUGGGCUUCUACGAUGGCAACGUGGCCAUCUACAACCUGAAAAAGUCACACUCGCAGCCAGGCUACAAGAGCUCUGCCAAGUCAGGGAAGCACACAGACCCCGUGUGGCAGGUCAAAUGGCAGAAGGAUGACCUGGACAAUAAUUUGAACUUCUUCUCCAUCUCUUCAGAUGGGCGGAUUGUAUCAUGGACUUUAGUUAAGAAUGAGCUGGUUCAUUCAGAUGUCAUCAAGCUGUCAGUAGAGGGAACAACGAUGGAAGGGCCAGAGGGACUGCAGCUGCAAACAAUUGGUUGUGGAACUUCCUUUGAUUUUCACAAGAAGAUAGAUUAUUUAUUUCUCGUUGGCACUGAAGAAGGGAAAAUCUACAAGUGUUCAAAAUCCUAUUCAAGCCAGUUUCUGGACAUCUUUGAUGCUCACCACAUGGCUGUUGACGCAGUGAGCUGGAAUCCCUACCACAUGAAAGUCUUCAUUUCCUGCAGCUCUGACUGGACUGUCAAGAUCUGGGACCACACCAUAAAGACCCCGAUGUUCGUCUUUGACCUGAAUUCUGCUGUGGGGGACGUUGCCUGGGCCCCUUACUCCUCCACUAUCUUUGCUGCAGUCACCACGGAUGGGAAGGCCCAUGUGUUUGAUCUGAGCAUUAAUAAAUACGAAGCUAUCUGCAACCAGCCUGUUGUGGCCAAGAAGAAAAACAAAAUUACCCAUAUCCAGUUUAACCCCAUCUACCCCAUUAUCAUUAUUGGAGACGACCGAGGCCAUGUCACCUGCCUGAAACUCUCCCCCAACCUGCGCAAGAUGCCAAAGUCUGCAGUAUUCGUCCUCCAGGCCCUCUGUUCAUGGUCUGAUGCAGCACUGGCUUGCAGGAUCUCAUGGAACAUGUCUUCUUUCUCCUCCUUAUCUGGCUCAGAUGUUCUGUGGGUGUGGAUGAACUCCUCCAGAAUGCAACAGCAGCAGCUACGGAUAAAACACACAGAGGAAAAGAAAGGCCAAGAGAUUCAGAAGGGCCCUGAGGUGGAGAUCGCGAAGCUGGACAAGCUGCUAAACCUAGUGAGGGAACCGGCCAACAAGCCCGCAAAGUGAGAGAGAGGAAGGAAGCCCAGCCCGCUCCCAGCUGCACAUUGGCUCCUCUCCGUCCACGUGCCGGGAAGCACCAGGCUCUGCAAACAGGUUCUCCUUUGACAGGCUCCUGUUUACCGUGCAAGUAGCAUCCCCCUGAGCCUCCCGUCUCAUACGCAGCAGGAACACUUGGCUUCUGCAUCCAAAUAAACGCGUUGAAAGGA